UAGUUGCUCACAAAUAUUUUAGUUUAUAAUUCAAUGAUUAAAAUGUUAUUAAAACUUGACAUCUUGGGAUUAAUUAAUUUAUUUUCAAAACGUCAGUCACACCAAAGCUGAUCUCAACUUAGACUGACUUAGAAAAUUCCACACAAUGCCAUGUAGAUAUACCGAGGCACACGAACAAGACCGAGUCUUACCGAUAACACCCGAAAAUCAAAUUGUUGUGCAGCACUGUAAUAUUUGCCUUGAAACUGGACAAUAUUUAUUGAGCAGCCGAACAAAUAUUAUUAAGCAACACAACAAAUAUUAUUGGAUGGUAAUAAUUGUUGUGCAGCUAAAUAAAAUUUGUUCAACGAUACAAUAAAAUUUGUUGUAGCACAACAAAUUUUGUUUAACGAUAGAACAAUUUUUGUUGCAGCACAACAAAAAGCGACAGGAUAGGAUUUCUAGGGAAGCCCUGGAGUGCCACCGAUGUGUGUGAUUGUUUUUCACACAAAACCUCCAAUAUUUCGUGUGUUGUGCACGCGCACACCACAAACUUGAUUAAUUUUUCAAUUUUGUGCGCGAAUUUUACACAAAUGUUAUAAAUGUACGUCACAGCGUCAAUUUUUAUUUUUAUUUAUUUUUAUUCACAUGUCAUAUUGUCUUGUCUUGACAUGGCUUAUUAUGUCCUAAAUAAUUUUAUGCACAGGUAUUAAUUAAUAAAUUAUAAUAAUUAAUUUAUUAAACAAGUGUGCACACUACAUGUAGAAUAAAACAAUCAAUAGAUAUAUAAAAUUCAAGUCGAUUGAAUUUAAACAAAUACAAAUAAAAUACAUUGUCGUUUUUGGAGGUUAGUUGAUAAUUUGAUUAUACAAUAAUUUAUAUUCAUAUCUUUAAUUAAAACAACAGUUCCAUUAUUAUUUAAUUUCUUCCAGUCAUUGAAAGCUACCUGAAGCUUUUUGAAGUGUCUUUGAGAGCAAAUACACUGAUAUAAUAAAAUAUUUUGUUAUUCUUAAAUAAUAAUAUUGAACAAAAGCAAUUAUACUAAUAAAAUUACGAAUACUUGGACAUUGUGAGACAUAUUGAAGCAACAUGAAUUAAAAUAUUUUGUUGAAUUUCAAGGUUAAAAAAAAAACAAGUAUGGCAUAUUCGUUAAAUCACUCACGAUUGUUUGCAACUUUUUCUCAUAAGGAACGUAAGAUUUUACUUCCUCUGAAUUCAUCUGGAAACUUGGAUUACUCAACAUUAGUUUGUUAUUUUCCAAACGCAAAUGGUGUUCUAUACAAAGAUAAAAAAAAUAAUGAAUGUGCUGUCUUAUUUGAAAAUAACCAAUAUAUGAUCAAUUCAAAUGUAGACCAUGAAUAUAAUAUACAUGAAAAAAUAGAUUUUGUAGCUGUGAAUCAAAUAAAUCGUACCAAAGCGUUAGUAAAAAUCUUUGAAGAUAAAAAUUCCAAGGUAUCAUCAGUCGAUGAUUUAUUAAAUAAAAAAAAUUCAUCAGUAAAAAAAAGAAAAAAAAAUCCAAAAAAAAUAAAGACAGACUGGAUACAUGAAUCUGUAUUGGGAGUUGACAGUACUAUGGCCAGUAAUAAAAUAUUAUUUUUGGAUAUUGAUACCAAGUAUAAUUACGUUCAAAUUACAUCGAUGAUAAAAAACUUGUAUUGUACUGAUAAAACAGCACCAUAUUUUAGUAAACCUGUAAUAAUUGAAAAUAGUACAACUGGGGUACCUUCUGAUAUACCAAAUUUUGAUGAUUUCUGGACUUAUAUAACUGGAGUUCAACCAUCUAGGGUAAAAAUAAUAAUUGUUACUUGUGAUGAUUUAUCAACAAGCAAAAGAAAAUUUUUUCAAAAUAUCAACAAAGCUGGUGAUUUUCAAGAUUUAAAUAAGAAUUAUCGUUUCCCAACUGAAUCAUCAAAACAAGUUUCAAUAAAUUUAAAUAAUUCAGUUAAUUACAUUACUGAAAAGUCAUCUCUGAUUACAUUAUCAUUGAAAUUAUUUGAUUCAUUUGUUAUUUUAUAUGCUCUACAGAUGAAUGAUAAAAAAGAUGUUUACAAUUUGGAAUAUCUAAAAAAAGAUUUAUUUGACCAAAUUAAGGUACUUAAAAAAUAUGAAAAGUUAGAGUAUAAAAAUAUUAAUCCAUGUCUUGAAGGCUUUCCAAUUAGUAGAAUAAUGAAAAAUGGAUCUGAUCUAUAUCGUAUGACAGUUGAUGAAAAUGGUAAGAAGCAAGAAUUUGUCUACCACGAAAGUGGUGUUUUAAAAAAACACCAACGUGUUCAUAAAGAACCAUUACUUGUUGGAAAAUGUGCUGGAGAUUUUGGUUUGGGGUCAAUAUAUUAUUGUAAUGAUGAAUCAUGUAUAUUUCAAUAUAUUUGGAAAAAAAAUGAUAAAAUAAUAUAUCAAGGUAAAUUGUUGUUUUGGAUCUAUUGUGAUUCAAAUGAAAAUCCUGCUGAGUGGGAAUGUAUACUUGAUUGUUCAUGUUCUCCAAAUAAUGUUAAAUCAAAUUUCGUUGACCAAAUAUUACCAAAUAUUUCAAAUGUAUCAAUUCAAUCAAAUAUUAAUAAUAACUUGGAUAAAUUGUUAACACCUUUACAACUGAACAAUUCAGUCAAAAGAUCAAGUAAUAAUGGCUGAUAAAUCACAAUUAAAAAAAAAGAACAUAUUAAAAAUAAAUCAAUGUGUCAACAAUUCAUUAAAUUGUUUAUCAUUAGAAAAUAAUGAAUCAAAUGCACCAAGUAAAAUUACUCUUAAAAACAAAGAUCAAUUUUCAUCUCGAAUUUCAACAUUACCACGUCUAUUAAACACUCAAAAACAAAUUAUUCAUGGUCUUCGAAAUAUAAAAUAUGAUGAAUUAUUAUUUGAUAAUAAAAAAUUGGGUUCUGGUGCACAAGUCUGGUCAGGAGAAUGGAUUGGUCAACCAGUGGCAAUAAAGAAAAUUCGUGUUAUGCAACAUAAUGUUAAUACGAUCGAACGAGAGAUUGAUGUCCUAAAAUUAGUUUAUCAUCCAAACAUUGUGCAAACCCUUGGGUUUUGUUAUCAUCAACGUAUUAUUUACAUUGUCAUGGAGAUAGUACAAGGACAUUCAUUAGAGUUGAUUCUUUUUAAGGAUAAGUAUAAAAAAUUAUACAAUUUAAAUGAAAAAGAUAAGGACAAUAUUGUAAUUCAACUGUCUCAGGCUCUGUCAUAUAUCCACCAUGGUGAUGUACAAAUAGUACAUGGUGAUAUCAAACCAGGUAAUAUUUUAAUAACAUCAAACCUGACAGUAAAAUUAUGUGAUUUUGGGAUGAGCAAACUUUACCAAUAUGCUGAAACUGUAACUGGUUAUUCAGUUGUUGGAAAUACUCUUGGUGGUACAUAUGCAUACAUGCCUCCAGAAAUGAUUACUCAUAGACAGAAAAAACCUACAGUUGCUUCUGACAUUUGGGCAUUUGGUUGUACAGUAUUGGAAAUUUACAAUGAAAAAAUUCUAUUUCCCAAUGAUUUAGAUGCAAUUGAGGAAAUGCAUCAACAAGAUAUUGCUAUUCACGCUACAAAAGUACCAAAAGCAAUUCGUGAAACAGUAAUUAGUUAUUUUUCUCAUGAACCUGGAGAACGACCAAAAUGUGAAUUAUUAUAUAAUUUUUUUGAUUUAAAAAAAAAUGAGUGGAAAUCAAAGGAAAAAAUUCGAGAAAUUGCUAUCAGAGAAAGUUUGUUAUAAACAAAUUCAAUUUUGUUGCAAUAUUAUUAUUUUUUAUUUUUUAUUUAAAAGUCUGAAAAAAAAAUAUUGUUUUUAAGUGUAAUAUUAUUGUCAUACUAUUGUUUUAAAGUAAUAAUUUAAAGUAUGACAUAGUCAGUGAAAAAUGAAGUAUUUUUGAUAUUAUUAAAACAUGAUAUGUUUUGAACAUUUCCAUAUGUUUAAAAACCAAAGAUAAUAAUAUCAUAUGAUAUUAUUUAUCAUAGUAAUUAUUAAACUAAUAAGUGCAAUAAUAUGGGAAAUAGUCAGUAUGAAAUAACAAAAUAUUUUGAAUAUAAUUUAGUAUAAUAAUUUAAUAUAAUAGUAAAACAAAAAAAAAACAAGAAAAGUACUACUCACAAAAUUACAGUUCAGUCAUAAGUUAAAUCUGGAUAUAACUUACUUAAAAAAAAAAAAAAAACAAUUAUUUCAUAGUAAUUAUUAAAAUGUUAUUACUUCUUUUUUUUAAUUGUUAAAAGACAAUAUAAUUUUUCCAGUAAUUAUGACUCUCUUGUACUAUAAAGCAUUUUGUUUGUAAAAAAAUGAUGAUACAGUUUAUAAAAAAAGUAUUGAUUUAAUUUUUAAAAAGGUAUUCAUAUAAUUUAAAAAAAAAAUUAAAACAUUGACUCUUACACAGUUACGUAUUAUUAAAAAUAUAAAAACCAAGUGGUGUGCACGUGUGUGGCAUCAGCAUCACCAACCAGUAGCAAUACAGUAGCAAUAUCAAGCAAAAGUCAACUAGUAUACCACUCAAGUAAACAUCUUCAAAAUUAUUACUUUAAAAAGCAUCAGUUUCAUUUAAAAAAAACACUCAAUAUCAGUGCUUUGUGUAUAUUUUUUUUUUCAUACCCAUUAUUGUCUAUUGUUAUCAAUAAUUAAAUUAGAAUUUUCAUCUCAAAAUUGAUACUAAUCAUUGAAAUGAUAAUUAUAAAUAAAAAAAGUUGUCAGUCAUAAGUUAA